AAAGAAAGAAAGAGAGAAAGAAAGAAAGAAAGAAAGAAAGAAAGAAAGAAAGAAAGAAAGAAAGAAAGAAAGGAUGGAUGGAAAAGAAGGAAGAGAGGAAUUGAAAAGAAGAAAGAGAGAGAAAGAGAGAGAGAGGUGGGAAGGAAGAAAAGAAGCAAGGAAGGAAGGAAGGAUGUAAAGGAAAGGAUAGAAAAGAAGGAA